GCGAAGCUUCCUGCCAGAUAGUGCUCCCUAACAACAGACAAAGCUUGACACUGUGGAUUCAGCUAAAGGCGCUUAAAUAAAAAGCGUUUCUCAUUCACUCCUUCAAUGGGUCCGGACAGGCUUUCCAGGUACAGAGAGUAGGCGGAGCGUGCAGACAUGUCGGGUCGCUCUGCUGCAGAGAUGGAUGACUCGCAGGAGCUGCCUGAGCUGCCGGCAAAGAAGGCCAAGCUUGAGAUAGAUGGCGGGCUGGAGAAAGAGCCAAGUAAUCUUGGAGACGAUGGGAGUCCAGCUGCUGUUUUAGGUCCAUCAGAGCAGGAAAACUCUUAUUCUGCCCUGUCCACUGCUCAACUUGAUCCAGGUGAUCAGGAGCAGUCGGACAUAGGCAGAGGGGCAGUAUCUCAAGCAUGCAGUGACUCGAUGAACUCGUAUGCACAUUCUGCUACAGAUACAACAGCCACAACUGAGUACACCCAUCAGGUUUAUCAAGGAAGCAACCCAGCAGUGACGUCGUACACCAGCCAGGUGGCCUUUCCUCCUCUGGCCCAGUCCACUGUGUACUCCACUUUCCCCCAGACAGGCCAGACCUACGGCCUCCCGCCCUUCGGUGCUAUGUGGCCAGGCAUAAAAACAGAGACAGGGCUGCCUGAGGCACCCUCUGGUGGCCAGCCUGGGUUUCUCAGCUUCAGCACCACAUAUACCUCAACCCAGCCAGGCCAGCUGCACUACUCAUACCCCAGCCAAGACUCAAGCUUCACAACAUCCAGUGUGUACUCCAACAUCCCGUCAGCUACAGCCACCUCGACAGCCUCCACCACAGUUACCCACCAGGAAUUUAGUAGCUACAACUCUCUUGGCCAGAGUCAGUUCUCUCAGUACUACACUCUGCCUCCCAACUAUGUGCCCGCUGGGCUGCCCAGCAGCGAUGAACAGGGUGCCGGUGCCGGUGUGGCCGGAUAUUCAGCUGUGAAGUCGGAGGAGGCAGCCUCAGCUGGACUUCCUCCCAGAGAUGCGUCCCCACCAGAGAACCUCCCAGCAGGAGCAGCUCUGCCCACCAGUGUCGCUCUCCCUGCUGGAGCCAGAGAUCAGGACGAGGUUGGACGCAGGAACUCAGUCGGUAAAGCCAAAGGGAAGGGCAAGAAGUCUGAUAGCUCCCCGCCUGCUGACAGUGAUCUAGAGCGCAUUUUUCUGUGGGAUCUGGACGAGACCAUUAUCAUCUUCCACUCACUGCUCACUGGCUCCUACGCACAGAAGUUUGGCAAGGACCCAGCCACGGUGCUGAACUUGGGCUUACAGAUGGAGGAGCUGAUCUUUGAGCUGGCAGACACUCAUCUUUUCUUCAAUGACCUGGAGGAAUGUGAUCAGGUUCAUGUAGAGGAUGUGGCCUCUGAUGACAACGGACAGGACCUGAGCAACUACAAUUUCUUGGGGGAUGGCUUUAAUGGACCCAGUGGUGGAGGGGCAUCAGGAGCCACCACAGGAGUCCAGGGAGGGGUGGAGUGGAUGCGCAAACUAGCCUUUCGAUACCGCCGGCUAAAAGAGAUCUACAACAGCUACAAAGGAAAUGUUGGAGGCCUGUUAAAUCCUAUGAAGAGGGAGCUGCUUGUGCGACUUCAGUCUGAAAUCGAGAAUGUUACAGACGCCUGGCUCAGCACAGCGCUGAAGUCUCUGCUGCUUAUCCAGUCCAGGGGAAAGUGUAUGAACGUGCUGGUCACCACCACUCAGCUUGUUCCAGCUCUGGCGAAGGUGCUUCUCUACGGCCUGGGAGACGUCUUCCCCAUCGAGAACAUCUACAGUGCAACGAAAAUAGGAAAAGAAAGUUGCUUUGAGAGGAUCAUCUCUCGCUUUGGGAAGAAAGUUACUUAUGUGGUGAUCGGUGACGGUCGAGAUGAGGAGUUUGCAGCAAAACAGCACAAUAUGCCUUUCUGGCGUAUCUCCACUCACGGCGACCUCGUGUCCCUGCACCAAGCGCUGGAACUGGACUUCUUGUAAAGGAGAGGUGGCGUUGAAUGUCGCACAAUAAAGGGAAAAUGUAAUUGUCGUCCUGUUGGCUCGUGGAGUGACAGUGCACGAGAAAAACCCUCCACAACCCCAACAAUACACACUCGCAUAUUAGGAACACCUUUCUGCUCUCACUGACGACUAAAGACUCACUGUGUGAUGGCAAAUGUACUGAGGCGGACUUUGGGUCGGAGCUGACUGUGAGAAACAGACUGGAUGCAGCAGGCGGCUGAAUUAAGGUUCCUCGCACCCAGCACUCCCUCCUCUACGGCAGCUAACCUCACCACAGCUGAAACUGGCACUGAUUUGGACACAGAAGGGAAGACAUACGUGUUUUUUGUUUUUUGUCUUUUUUCACCUCCUUGCUCUUUGGCCUUGAUCUCAUUUGCUUUCAAGUAUCAAAAUCUCCUGUGGUGAGUUCUGUCCUUCUAUUUUCAUACUUCCCUCUGGGAAUAAACAACCAAAGGGCCAUUGUUCUUUAUUACUGGCAUUCACUCCUGGGGUUGUUGUAGCUUUUUAUUUGUACUCUGUAUAAGUGAAAGAAUAAUAUCAAAGCAAAUUUGUUUAAAAAUGGGUGAAAAAAAACUAUUUCUGGGUUGUUUUGUGCUCAGUCAAAGACUUGAAAACAUCAUUUUGAUGUCUCGUUUGCAAAGUACCUUGUUUCUCACAGUCAUCAAGUAUCAAAUAAUCCCAUUUCAGUUUUUGAUUUACCUCCUGUGUAGCCAGUCCUCUAUGAAACGUAAGGCACCGGAUGGGUUUAAAAAAAAAAAGAAACAGGUUGGGUAACUUGAUCAUGACCUCCCUUCCUCUCCUGACCAAACCACACCAUCAGUCAGCUGCCCUGACCUCUUCACUGUGUUUCAGCAGCCAGUGAGUGUAUGUGUAUGUGUGUGUGGGGGGGGGGUCCUUUUUACAUACACUGUGUGUGAUCUGUGGUCAGUGAGCAUGUGCUCAGCAUCGCAGUCUCCUGUAGGACCUGUGCUACAGAGUAAAACUGAACUUGCCUUCCUUUAACACACCGUGAUGCUGAAGGUCGUAAGCUGGGCGGGUUGCACUGAACAUGAACUGUUUCAGCAAUGACUUGGAAGUUUGCCUGGACAGUUGCAUUUCAGUUUGACUGUUAGGAAAGAAAAACUUUUCUGCCCCCCAAUAUUCGUAGUAUUAUUUGUAAAUGUACACAAUGCACAGGUUCUUGAGCUGUGUCCCAAAUCAUGCUAGUUGUCAUAGUGUACCGUUGUGGCGUAUAUUUGUUUUCUAGAUUUGGGACACGCUGCUCACAAAUCUGUUUAAAUUUGUUUCCUCCUUCCUCCUGUUUAGGCCACAAAUGAUUACAAAAAAAAAAAAAAAAAAGAGCCAUUGAUUGCCUGACACAAAGCUGAAAACAAUCUCAGCUCGUGACGUUUCGGAGAUACGUGGUUUUCACAGGACAAUAAUCAGUAAUAUUUCUAUGUUGACCCCGCCUGUCCUAAGUGUCCUUGAAAUGCCACGAGGAGACUUCCAUACAAAAAAGGUUUGAAAAAGGUUUGAAAAGUGUUUAAAGUGGCACAAUAUGUAUUUAAAACAAUGGCUUUUGUUGGAGAUCAGUUAGUUUACAUUGUUUCAUGGUGUGAUUAAGGACAACGUGACCCUGCAAACAGUCACCACGACACAUGUCUGAAUGUUCAGUGUUUUAAAGUCAAGGCAGGAGAAUGUGAGCACCGAUGGACAGAUUGCUGAACUGACAACAUUUGUUGUUGGAAAGUUACAGAGCUCAGUUAAAAUCAGGGAUGUCCUGACCAUGUUUUCAUGUAUAAUAGUUUGGUAGUUGUAGAAUUACAUUUCUUUACUCUUUUAUGUGGCUACAGAAUCAGAACUGCUUUGUUGAUCAUUAACCAAAAAGGUUGUUGCAGACUCUUGUUUCCAAAGGCAUUACUCAACAUGUUUUCUUGUUUGUUUUUUGACUAGACCUUUAUUUAGCUGUUUCUUUUGUUAGUUACUUAAAACUAUGGCUGCAACUAAAUAUUAUUAUUUAUAUGAUGAGUUAAUCUGCGUAUUAUUUUCUCGCUUAUUUGUUUAAUUUGACUCAUUUUGUUUGGAGCUACAACAAUUAGUCAAUUGGGAAAAAAAUAGCAGCUAUUUUGAUUAUCAGUACAUUGCUUGUCUUUUUUUUCCCCAAGUAUAAAUUUGCUGUUUUCAGUUUCUCAAAUGAAAUGAUUUGCUGAUUUUCUUUGUCUUGUAUGAUAGAGAACUGAAUAUUUUGGGGGUUUAAACUGUUGGUUGGUCAAAACAAGCAUUUUGAAAAUGCCCCUUUGGGGUCUUGGAAAUUGUUAGGGACCAAAAGAAUUUAUUAAUUAGUUGAGAAAAUACUUGGCAGAUUAAUUGUAGUUGAUUUUGUUCGAAAAUAGUCAAAAAUGCAGAUAUUCAGUUUAUUGUCGUAGAGGAUGAAAGAAAAACAGCAAAUAUUGGAAGAAUGUGACUUUUAGUUUAAAAUGAUUAUUUGAUUAUCAGAAUAGUUGCAGACUAAUAGAUGAAUCAACUAAUCAUUUUAGCUCUAGUUUAAACUUUAAAACUACCUUUACAUCUCUGAAUUUUCAUCACGCAACCGCUCAAUGACCCACAACCUUGUUAAGUCAUAUUGGAGGGGGGGAGAAAAAAAACAAACACAAAGGAUGUUGAUGACUGUGCAAUACACUUCUACUUCACUCAUUAACUGUAUUUCAAGGGGAUUUUUCUUUUGCUUGUUGUGGACAGCGAGGGAAGCAGGAGGAGCCGACUUUCUAGGGUCUGAGUGAGAUUACGACUGAACAAUACUGAGCCUGAAGAUUUAUUUACACACUUGCAGCUUGACCGUUAAGAAUGUGUAUUUCUGUGUAAUUUGUUUGUGUCUCGUGUGACUGUGCAUAUUUAUAUUGUGCCUUUAACCAUAACCUGUAUGCAUAAUCUCAAAGGGAAGUAUGUAAGAUUUUGUGUUUGAUACAUUUACUGCAUUCUUAUAUUAUCCAAAGUGUUAUCUUACUUUUUUUAACCCAAUACUUUUUUUAAGUGCUUUUUUUUUUUUGACUGUCCUGUCUGCACUGUAUUUGAAAGGUCUCCCAGAAAACUAUACAUCUUUUCUGAGGGCGGUUGGGGGUGAUGUUGAUUGCUCAGUGUUUAAAGAAAACAAUUUUAGUGAAGGGCUUAAGAUAAAGUUCUCUAAAUGUUUUUCAAGAACAGAUAUCUCAAUUUGGAGUGAUAACACAUUCACGUUUUUCAUAAUUUUACUAAAUUUUAAGUAUAAUCAGUUUUACUUCUCAUUUCAGUCACAUCCACUUUAAAUUAAAUGUUUGCUUCCUUUUGAAAAGGAGUUUGCCUUUAUUUUGUUGCUGUGAAACACUGCAUCGCUUAGAGACAAUCAGUUUGUAAUCUGUGGUAUUUCAAAUGCAGGUAAGAUUACUAAAGUGAAAGAGAGGCUUGUUUUAAAGGGCGUGCUUUUGAUUGUUAAGUGUCGUACUACCUAGGCAAGUUCAAGGGAAGUGGGUUUAUCAGGCCGUGACAGACUUUUGAGAAAACUGAGAGACCAUAUGCAAUCGUUUCUGUUUCCUUACUUUGUCUGCAUGUUGUCUGUUUCUGACGCUUACCAUGGCUUUCAAAAAACAACAUUUGAGUGGCUAUAACCUUAGAUGUGUCCUAUUUUUCUUUCCAAUGCCAAAUACUGUUAUUAUUUUUGAAAUGCUAUCUCUGUUUUUGUUUUUCUGUUAUUGUUGUUAUAGAUUUUUUUUUUUUGAUUAUUCAUCUCAUUUUCAAGGACUUGUGAGGCUAUGUGGGGUCAUGUAGAGAGCCUGAAUGUGAUCCUGUAAACUGAACUUUAUCAUAAUCAAUGCUAAUUUAAUUACAGUAAUCACUAUUUUCCCCCUCAGUAGCUGUUUGGGACCUUGGCACAGUCCUGUAAGGUUUUCCUGUGUACCUAAGACACUCAGUACAGUGUAAAUAAAUUUUAAAAAGUU